UAAAAACAAAAACAAAGGCUUUGGCUUUGAGGAGGAGCUCUUUUUCUCUCUUUUGUGUUGGUGUUGUUUGUGAAAUGCUUUUUUUUUUCUUUUUCUUUCUUCAAAGAUUCCAUCCAUUUCCGGUCCACCACCCACCCAUUUAGUCCAUUACACAAUCACUCACCCCAACCCUCCUUUCCUCUUUUCAGUUUCUGCUUCUUCUUCUUCUUCUUCUUCUUCUUCUUUUAUUUAUUUAUUUAUUGUUUAGGAUUUUUAAUUUCUUAAUUAGAUAAGAUACAUUUUCUUUUUGUUAUUUUCUCAAGAGACACCAUCAUAUUCAUAUCAUAUCAAUUGGGUUUAAACCAGAGAGAGAGAGAGAGAGGAAAAAGGUCAGAGUAUUUUGAUGAGGAAGGUGGUGGAAUGCUGUUUUUGUUGUAUCAUGUGUUUGAGCUUGCCUUUUGAAAUUGAAGAAAAAAGAGAAAGCUUUUGUUGAAUUUUCAGCUGAAGGAGAGAGGGUCGUUGGGUGGUAUUGGGGAGUGUUGGUGGUGAAAGAGAGGGUCUUUGGUCUUUUUUUUGUUUGGUCUCCUUUGUAUAUCAUCUGGGCCUUGACUCUACAAGCUCUCAGGAGUUUGACAUUGGUGCAACUCGGUAGUUCAGGAGGUUUGAUUUUCAUGGCAGGCAUUGAUGAUAAUGUUGCCAUAAUUGGAGAUUGGUUGCCGCCAAGUCCAAGCCCAAGAGCGUUUUUCUCUGCAAUGUUAGGUGAUAAUGUUGGCUCUAGGCCUAUCUUGGAGCCUGCUGGUUUUAAUAAAACUGAGGAACUGUUUCUAGGACCUCGGGAAGAUACAGUGUCAAGAGAUGCAAGUAUAAAAGAUGCAUCACAAGACAGUGAUUCUGGGAAUCAGUUGACAGAAGUAGGAUCAUAUUCUGAACAAAAAUCAAAUUCACGCAUAGGACUUGUGGAAAGGAUUGCUGCGAGAGCUGGAUUUAAUGCUCCUAGGUUGAAUACCGAAAGCAUUAGAUCUUCUGACCUUUCUCUGACUUCUGAUGUUCGGUCUCCUUACUUGACAAUACCUCCUGGUCUCAGCCCGACUACACUCUUAGAUUCUCCAGUUUUCCUUUCAAAUUCAUUGGCACAGCCAUCUCCAACAACUGGAAAAUUUUCAUUCAUCGCAAAUGGUAAUAACAGGAAUCCCACACUGAUAUUUGAGACCCCUGAUAAAACUAGAGAUAGUUUCUUUGAGGACAUCAACGGCUCAUCUUUUGCUUUCAAGCCUAUUGCUGAAUCUGGCUCCACUUUCUUUCUUGGUGCAAGAAGCAAAAUGACUUCAGUUGGUAUUCCUCAGCCAUCCUUUCCCAACAUCGAGAUGUCAGUUCAGUCGGAAAAUUCUCCCCAAAGUAUGGAACCAACGGAAGUUCAAAACCAGAAGAAAAACAACCUCCAGCUGCAGGCAGAUUUCUCUAAGUCAUCUGUUGACAAAGACAGUGGAACUAAUACUAUCCCAGCAGCUGCAGGUGCAGCAGAUGAAAAGGCAAUGGAUAAUGUUGGUGGAAAUACGGAACAUUCUCCACCUCUUGAUGAGCAACCAGAUGAAGAAGGAGAUCAAAGAGGUGGAGAUUCUAUUGCUGGUGGUAGUGGGGGUACAACAUCUGAAGAUGGAUAUAAUUGGAGGAAGUAUGGGCAGAAACAAGUGAAAGGAAGUGAGUAUCCACGAAGUUAUUACAAAUGCACGCAUCCAAAUUGUCAGGUUAAGAAAAAAGUAGAAAGAUCUCAUGAGGGACAUAUAACAGAGAUUAUCUACAAAGGGACCCAUAACCACCCUAAACCUCCUCCUAAUAGACGAUCAGCUCUUGGUUCAUCUAACCUCCUGAUUGAUAUGCGAUUAGAUAUCCCUGAACAAGCUGGUGGUGGGCCACAAAAUGGUGGUGAUGGUGACCCAGUUUGGGCAAGUACAGAAAAAACAACUGUUGAUUGGAGGCAUGACAACCUUGAGGUGACUUCAUCGGCAUCAAUGGGCCCAGGAUACUGCAAUCAGUCCACCUCUUUUCAGGCUCAGAAUGGUACACAACUUGAAUCAGGUGAUGCAGUGGACGCCUCAUCUACUUUCUCUAAUGAUGAAGAUGACGAUGAUCGGGGGACACAUGGCAGUGUGUCAUUGGGUUAUGAUGGUGAGGAAGAUGAAUCGGAGUCGAAAAGAAGGAAAAUUGAAGCAUAUGCAACAGAAAUGAGUGGAGCCACCAGAGCCAUUCGUGAACCCAGAGUUGUGGUUCAGACCACCAGUGAAGUAGAUAUCCUUGAUGAUGGGUAUCGUUGGCGCAAGUAUGGGCAGAAAGUUGUCAAAGGAAAUCCUAACCCAAGGAGUUACUACAAGUGCACUAAUGCAGGUUGCACAGUGAGAAAGCAUGUAGAAAGGGCAUCUCAUGACCUGAAGUCUGUGAUCACCACAUAUGAAGGGAAGCACAAUCAUGAUGUUCCUGCAGCUCGCAAUAGUAGUCACGUCAACUCUGGUAAUGUUGCUGCUCAAGCUUCUUCCGUUCACCGCCCUGAGCCGUCACAUUCACAAGCUCACAAUGGAAUGCCUAGAUUUGAAAGGCCUGGUGCUGCAUCACUGGCUUCCUUCAGCCUACCUGCAAGUGCAAGUGCAAGACAGCAGCAACAGCAGCAGCAACUGGGGCCAACCCAUGGUGGGGGCUUCUCUUUUGAAAUGAACCAUCAAGCUGGGCUGGCCAAUCUGGCAAUGGCAGGUUUGGGACCUGGCCAACCUAAACUUGCAGUUCUGCCUGUUCAUCCAUACUUAGCACAGCAACAACGCCAUAUGAAUGAAAUGGGUUUCAUGUUUCCUAAAGGAGAACCAAAGGUGGAGCCCAUAUCAGAACCUACUUUAAACUUGUCCAAUGCUUCAGUAUACCAACAAUUUAUGAGUAGGCUUCCUCUUGGUCCUCAGAUGUAAAAUUUUUCUCCCUUUUAUCUUUUUUUCUUUUUUUUUUUUUCUCCCCCCUUUGGAGAAAAAAAGAAAAAAAUAGUAGAAAGUAUUUACAUUUUCGUUAAUAUAUAUAUAUAUGAAAUAUCAUAUUAUAUUAUGUUAA